AAUAAGAGAGAAGAAAGAAGAUCAUACAAGAGAUAUUGGAGGUGACAGUGUAAUUCUGAGGUGAUUUUAUUAAUAUUGCUAACAGGUCGAGUGCAGCGGCUACCAUUUUGGCUUGAUGAGGAAAUAUAAAGAAAUGGUAAAAGACAAAGGAAUAGAAUGAAAGGGAGCGAAAAAGAAAGGGUCGGAAAUAAAUUUAAUGACAAAGAAAGUGAUAAAGGAACAAUGACAUAAUGGUUGCUUAAUUGCCGGUCAAGCUUCAUCGAGUAAAUCUACGGUCAAGGAUAUUCCGAUCGUAACCAUAUUGUCUUUUACUCACACACAAUGCCCUCAAGGAUAUAGUAUCCAUUGUGUCGUUCUUUUUCAAGAUGGUAAGCCUUAUUUGGGAGUGACUUGACUGUUAUUUCUGGCAGGCCGAGCGACAACAUAAAGGUUUCAAUAGCUGCCUAUUUGGCUCGAAUAAUACGAUAUAGAGAAAGUAAGGAAAUAAAAGAGCGAAAGACAAAGAGAAACGAAGGAGCAGACAAAAAUACCGAGAAAGUGAGAUCUAAAGACAGACAAAGAGGAAGAAAAAAAGAACGAAAACAAGAAAGAAGGACAGUCACAAGACAAAGAACAUAAAAGACGAAAGAAAGAGGGGCUGAAAGAGAUAGGAAGAGAAGGUAGCGAGAGAAUAAAGGUGGAAGAGAGGACAAGAAAGAAAUGCCUAUUAGAAUUUACUGCUGAUUUAUGACUGAAAAAUUACGGCAUGAAAUAAAAUUUUAAAAAGGUUGAUACUGAAAAAAAAAAAUUUAGAAUCGCGAAAAUUUAAAUAAGAGAGGAAAAAGAAUGUAAAUACUUAAACGAUAAUAAGUACAGCAUUUACAAUUAUUUCAAAAAUUGAGAAGAAAGCAUCUGCAGAGGUGUGUUUGUGUGUGAGCGCUGCCUGUGUACAUGUGUAGGAUAGUUUAUAAACGGAGGUCUUUAUACUUCCUACAUGUAUAUAUAUAUAUAUUUAUCUAUUUUUGUGUAUAUAUACAUAUACUUGCAUAUCUAUAAGUAAUAGUUUAGUUUAAAUUAUUGUAUAAACAGCAGCAGCAACAUCACAGCAGUCACACAAUGAGUUGUGAAUAAGCAGCAGUGAGAUAUUUUUUUCAAACGAGUCUCCAUGGCUUGUAUUGAGACAGCAGAAUUUCCGACAGAAGUCACGAUCGGCUUUAUACCGAUCCUGACCUAAUUUAUUUAGCCCCUUCUUAAUCGACAAGUGGUGGCAGGGACAUUUAUGAGAUAUAAUUGAAGACGUAUGGAUGUGGUACUGCAGUACAGCUUUCAUUAUUUCGAUAUACCGGGAGAUAUGGUUAAAAUGCUUUCGUAAAGACAUUGUGAUUCUACCAAAGAAGAAACCAUAAAGCGAAAAGGUUAUUAUAUAUAUUCUCUCUCUCUUAGGCACCACACAUAAUUUUAUAUGAUGGAAGUGAAUUAUCAGGGAACAACUUGGAAUUUAAUUAUUUAUUCUCCAUUACCUUGAAGAUUAAGAAAUAUAUAUGAAUAUAUCAAAGGAAAUAUUGUGAACAAAACGAAAUCUAUUAGCUGGUGGACGUAACCGGACCGGACGUUAGGACUAUACCGGAAGUAUAAUACAACAACCAACGAUGAGUGAUCGACUGAGUAGCGAACGAGUGAGAGUGUUCUCUCGCUCGUUGCUCAACUCAACGGAGAUCCCAUCCAAACGAGAUUACAAACGAGAACAACAAAAAAUGGCUUCUUAUCCGUCGCAGGAGCAGCGACCACUGAAGAAACCCCGUCUUGGUCCACCUGAUGUUUACCCUCAGGAUCCGAAACAGAAAGAGGAUGAAUUGUCAACACUCAAUGUCAAACAUGGUUUCAACAAUAACUGUACGAUCACAGAUGAGUAUGGAUCUGCCUGUCGUUCCAUCAACCAAGAUAAAGUUGCUUUGUUCUCUAAGGUGGGGACAUGCUUUAGUUCCAUGAUGACAAAGAAAACUGAGCUGAACACAUUCCAAGACACAGGAAAGAAGAAACAACAGCUUAAUAUCAAAGAUAAUUUCAGACCUGUGACCGCACGAACUAGAAACGCGAUGGAGGCUUGGUUUAAAGAUUUAGCAGGAAGUAAACCACUCUCGUUACUUGUGAAAAAGGUACCUAUUUUUAAUAAGAAAGAAGAAAUUUUUUCAACACUCUGUGAUUUUAGCAUCCCUAUGAUAAAGGCAGCUUGGUUUGUAAAGAUGACAGCAGCUCAUAAUGUUGCAUUACAAGAGAACAAGACAAAGAAGAGACAAACUGUGGAUCAGUGCCUUGACUGGUGUCAAGCCCUAACAAAAUACAUGAAAGAACAACUUCAGAAAAUUCAGGAAUAUUAUCAUAGUCUAAACAACCAAGGUAUACAGUCCAACUUUUUAGGGCCCUCAAACCCGGCCCAUUCAGUUGCUGAUUUUGAAAUAGCUGUUAAAUAUUGGCACUUCUGCUGUCGUCUUGCCAGACAUCUAUAUGAGGAGGGUUUGCUAGACCGGCACGAGUUUCUCACUUGGUUACUUGAACACAUGGAAAAGAUACGACCAAAUGACGAUUCUGUGUUGAAAUUAUUACUUGGACAAAUUGUUUAUUAUCUAGAUGAAGUGUCUAUGUCAGUUUACUUAUCACGAAAACUGUCUCACUUUUGUGCCAAAAGAAUCGCUCAGUUUACAUCAGAAUAUGGAAUUUGCUCUCCUCGAACCGAUUCUCCUAUGAUGACAAAUGGAAAUGGGACAGGAAACAAUAACCCACUGUCAAACCCUCUCUCUGUGCUCUUCACUGAAUAUGUAUCGUGCCUUGAACAUCGUAGCCUCAUUCUCAUGUUAUGUGCCACACUACAAAUCAUUACCAUCCGCUGUCCUGCUGCUCUUGUCUGGAACAACCUUGGUGAUGGCAAAACUUGUAACUUUUUAUGUGGAUCACCCUUGGAUCUACUUGGAUGUGGUACUUCUUCACUUCCUAUGCCUCCUAACCCAGACAAUCAACUGAUACGAGCCAAAAUCCGUGCUGUUGAACAGCAAAUUAGACUUCGUGGUCAUGCUGCUGAAGUCAGGUGGUCAUCUGAUAAAUGCCAACAGUCAACUAAAGGUUUCACUAUCAGUAAAGUUUUGAAUGUAUUGGAUAUCCUCGAUUGCCAUUAUUUUGACAAAGUCGAUGCCAAUAACUCAAUGAAUUCUCUGUACAAUAAAAUCUUCUGUCACAACGAAAAUAAAGAAGGUAAUGAGCCGCUUGUUAGUGAUGACCCGAUCAUUAAACUCCUCAUUGACUGGGCAGUCACCAUACAACGGACUGGUAAUUACAGAGCUGUCGUUGUUGCUAAGUUGUUAGAACGACGCCAGAAUGAUAUGCGGAAUGAGAAGUUUGCUGAUAGUGAAAUGAUGGAUGAUAAAGAUUCCAUAGCGUCUGACGUCAUGAUGUCUUCAGGCUACCCGGCUUACCAGCAGCUUCUCAUGGAGUUCCUUGAUGAAGAUGCUCCGGUUCUAGAUGACAGCGGAUCAGAAGAAAACCGAGAUGCAUUUUCUAACCUUAUCCAGCUUUUCUGUGAACUCAUUCGAUUUGAUGUUUUUUCCCAUGAUGCCUACAUGUGUACUCUAAUCUCUCGUGGAGAUCUUGCUGCUUCUCCUUCAGUUGCCAUGCCAUCUGCUGACAGUGUUGAUUUGUCUAGUGUGAAAAGUUUAUCAGAAAGCAUUAAACAUGAGCAUCAAGAUGAUAUCAAGAUGGACUUAGACAUUCAUACCAUGGAGAGUGAUCUUGGGAGUCUAUUUGGAUCAGUUAAAGAAGAACAGAAGACAAGUCCUGAAGCACCAGCUUCAGUGAAAUCCGUGAAAUCAGAACGUGAUCAACCAAUUAUGAGCGUGGGAGAGUCACAAUCAGCGCCACCUCAGCCUCCUCCUCCCAAAGGCCCAUCACGCCAUAUGCUAUUUGCCACUCACUUUCCUAUUCCACAAAACGAGAGCUAUGCCCAUGAAUGCAACCAGCGUUUUGUUGUUCUAUAUGGAGUUGGUAAAGCUCGUGACAACGCAAGGCAUAUCAUUAAAAAAGUCACCAAGGAAAUCUUGAGACUUUUUAACAAAAAGAAUUGCAUAGACAUAAGCAGCGGUGACCCGACAAAAGUUAAAAAGAAAAAAGAGAAAGAGAAGGAUAAAGACAGCGAUUCAUCAAGUAACCUAGAGAGCACAUUCAACAAGUUUCAGAGACUUUCCUAUUAUGACAUGCAUGCUGUGACAUCAUCUUGUGUGAGCAGCGUACUGGAACAGUUGUCAAGUUUUGCUGCUGGUAACUCCUGUUAUUUACCCGUCGUUGACAAUAUUUCCUACCUCUUUGAUUUAAUGGAUUAUUCACUAAAUAUAAGUGGCCUUUUGGACUUUGCAUUACAACUGCUGAAAGAGCUUAGUCAGGUGGAAGUCCAGCUGAUGUUGAAAGCAUCGUCUCUUGCUACGAACUACGUUUCUUCAUUAUGCCUAUGUAUCAUUGGCAUAUUCAGUAAAUACUGCUCUUACAUGCUUGUCUGCCAGGACUUGGCCUGUGCUGCCUUUGAAGGAUUGAAUGCUAUCAUCAAGCAUAUAAAUAAUCCUUCGGAUUGUACCUCUGCUGAAAGAUGUGUCCAGGCAUACCUGUUUGAUCUUUACACUUCUGCCAGUUACCUGAAGGCCAAAUAUUUGGACAGCUUCAGUGCUACUUUUAGUAAAAUGAAACAGACUCACGAUACCAACAUAACUCCAUCAGUGUUGGAUUUACUCUGGGAUCCUAACUUUAUGAUGGACUAUUUUAAUGAUGUCAAAUCCAUACCUGAUGCCAUGCUGGUCAAACAAUUGAAUGAAAAUUCAGGAUACCGCUAUAACUUUGUAUGCAACGCAGUACUUAAUAUAUGCAAUUCCCAAGUAACAGAUCGGCUGAAUGAAAUCUCUAUCCUAUGUGCCGAGUUUACAGCUAAGUGUAAUGCUUUACGGUCUGAGUGGCUCGGUGCCCUGAAAGCUUUAUGUUGUUCUUCGAACCAUUCCUGUGGAUUCAUCGAUAUCCUGACGCAAAUUGAUGUUGGAGAUUUGUCUAUCCAUGAUUCCCUGGCAGUGUUUACAGCAAUUCUUCUGGCUCGUCAUUGUUUUACUCUGCAGAACUUUAUAGCUCGUGUCGCAUUGCCUUCCUUGAUGGCAGCUUGUCCAUCAAUGUUAGGUGCACAGGAUGCAGAAUCUGGUGCUCGCCUGACAUGCCAUUUACUGCUGAGAUUGUUCAAGACAACAAACCACCCUGGCUUCCAUAACCUCAACUGCCGUACUGGCUGUGGGGUAAAAGCCUCCUGUGAUAGACAUUUGCUAGCAGCUACUCACGACAGUCUGACUGUAGAACCUGUCCUUGGUGUACUCAAGGGAAUGCUCUACCUCAGGGACUCAUGUAAUGAUGAAUCCAAAGCUAAAGCAGGAGUAUGUAAUAACAGUGGUUCAAUUCCCAGCAAUUCUGCUGGACAGAAGACUGGUGAUAUCAUUGAAAAUAUACUGGGUAACUUAAACGAUGAUGACAUGGAAUUAGAUUUGGUUCUUGGAGGGUCAUCAGAAUCAAAUAAGAGAAUUGAAAGUGCCGGACUCAGUGACUUUGCGAAACAUUCACUGAAAGAAAUGUGCUGUCAGAAAUGGGUCCGAGAGAAAAUCCUUAAAGAUCCACAGGCUUUGUUCAGUGAAGAUCGGCUGAUGGAUCCAGAACUUUCAAAUAAACAAGCCCUCCAAUUGCUUCAAAUGAUUUGUUACCCAAAUGGUAUACCAAACCAAGCUGAAGGAACUGAACCAGAUAAUAAGCAGGUCAUCAAUCGAAUUUUACAGACUCUUGACCAGUGGUCAUUACGUGUCUCCUGGCUUGAAUUACAACUCAUGUUCAAGCAAUCAGGUUCCCAUGCUGAAACUAAUGCUAUCCUGGAUUGUAUUGCUAAGGGCACAUUAGAUUUGUUUCAUCAACAAACUGAGUUUCUCUCCAAUCCAAAUUCUCCACGGCAACAACUACCGACACAACAACAGCAGCAGCAGCUACAAAAUGCCAAGCCUGAGUCUGAGAAAGAUAGUGUCUGGCUUGUUGCACCACUUAUAUCGAAAUUGCCAUCGACUGUCCAAGGGCGCUUACUUAAGCUGGCUGGCCAAGUUCUUGAAAGCAGUAGUAACUUUCUAUCGAAGACAAAAUAUGACAAAGAGAAAAACCAAAGAAAUAAAUCCUUGCUUGGUCAUCAACCAUUUCUCUCCCUGAUCCUUACAUGUCUGAAAGGCCAGGAUGAGCAACGUGAAUGUCUCUUAUCCUCACUCCAUUUUCAACUGGAAAAAUUUAUCAGCAAUGUGAAAGAAGUAUUGGAUCGAAGCCCUGAUGAAACUAAAAUUCGACAGAAUCUCAACGAAGCAUUACAAUUACGUCUCAGUCUAGUUGGUGGUAUGUUUGAUACAAUCCAGAGAAACAAUGCCACAACCAGUGACUGGGCAGUUUUACUUGUACAGUUAAUCAGUCAUGGUGUGGUUGAUAUGCAGACUAACUAUGAACUGUUCACAACAGUGAUAGACAUGUUGAAUGUGUUGAUCCAUGGUACAUUAUUGGGAGAUUCUAAUGAGAAAGGAGACGACAAUAAGAGAACAUACCAGAAUCUUAUUAAAAAAUUAAAGCGAGAACUAGGAGAUAAAAAUAACACUUGUAUUGACAAAGUCCGACAGCUCCUGCCAUUACCUAAGAAACUGUAUGAAGUGAUCACGUGUGAGCCCCAUGGUACACUGGUAGACACAAAAGGUUAUAAAAUUGCAGGUUUUGAUUCUAUUGGCAGGAAACAGGGUUUACAAGUUGCCUCAAAAGUGAAGAUAACUCCUUGGGAGAUAAUUGAGGGAACCAAAAAUCCAGCUCCAUUGUCUUGGACAUAUUUUGGUGCUGUCAAGAUGGAGAAGAAGAUGCUCAAAUAUGAUGACCAAUAUAGGUUAUUAUGCUAUCACACUCAUGUGAUGAGACAACCAACCAGUUGCUACCUUGAACCACCACCACUGCCUGCAGAAGAACUGGAACCACCUGCUGAAAAGUUACAGGAGGAGAAGCCAAAAGAACCUGCUGAAAACAGUAAAGAUGAUCUCAGUAAGAAGAAGCACCAGAGGCGGCGACGUAACCCCAGGACUACCAAUUCCUAUAUGCAGCACCAACCAAUUCCUCAUCGAGUUAAUUAUGGUCAAGAUAUCUACCAACCUGGACCCCCUCCAAAUUGGUACGGUCCACCACAGCAACAGUCUCCUUAUUAUUCCACACAGCAUUUGCCUCCUGGAGGUCCGGCAGCAGCAAGGUUCGCGUCUCCGCAGUAUAACAGUCCCAAGCAAGAGCUACGUACCAUGCUGCGGGCGCGCCAGCCGGCCACUCAGGGAUACAUCCAACACAACACACAGCAGCAAGCUUUCCCCAGUAUACAGAUGAUGCAGUCCAAACAGCGCAGCCAAAUCAUACGUCAGUCAUUGCGAGCCCAAGCUCAGCACCAGCAAAAUCUCCAGCGAGGACACCCAGUAGGAGCACCACCUGAUACUCAACCACACUACAAUCCCCAGCUAGCCGGAAACCCUCAAGCAACUUUGCAUCACAUGACACAAACUCAAGGCAUGAAUCCAAGUUACCACUCCUACAAUGGCAUGCCAAUCCAGCAGCCAGCUGUCAUGGAUCCUGUGUCAAGUGGCAUGCUAUCACAGAACUUUGGUCAGAGUUACCCAAAUGCUCAGAAUCCAGCAAUGAUGCAAGGUAUACAGCCUCCAGCUAACCAAUCCCAACGGCAAGGUCCCGGCUUUAUGGCACAACAGCCACAGCAAACUCCACAAGCAGCAUUCAAUCGUGGUUCAAGACUCCCUCCUCAAAUGACGCCAAGUAGUCUGCAGAGACACACCAACUCAAUGGGUUCCAUAUCAAACUAUAGUCAGCUUGGUCCAACGGGACCACCACAGCAGAGUCAUGCUUACAUGCAAGGUAUGCCACCACCAGCUCAGCAGCAGCAACAACAGCAGCAGCAGCAACAACAGCAACAGUUACUACAACAGCAACAACAACAACAGCAGCAGCAACACCAACAGCAACAACAACAGCAGCAGCAGCAACAACAGCAACAGCAGCAGCAACAACCAGCCCCACAACCACCACAACGCAUGCUGGUCAUGCCAAACUCUCAGAUACAGCCCACCACACAGCAACAGCUUGUGGCCCAGUUACAUAGACAGUUGGGGCCCCCUGGCCCACAAUACAACAACUAUCAACCAUCACAGUAUUGAAAAUAGGUGCAUUCAUAUAUAUAUAUAUAUAUAUAUAUAUAUAUAUAUAUAUAUAUAUAUAUAUAUAUAUAUGCAUACACACCACAUACAUUUUAUAUAUAUAUAUUCAUACGUACAUAAAAACUGACUGAGUUGCCUGAUUACUGGUGUUUGUUGAACUGAGCCUGGUAGUUUACUUACGAAAUAAAUCAAUUUAAUUACUGAAGUUUUAAUUAA